CUGAGGCCGGAGGCCUCCCGGGUUGAAUGGCGGUCCGUCCCUUGCCCCAGCCCAGCCCGCUGGCCCCGAUCAGGCUCUGCGGUCGGCCCGGGAGUCAGUUUUGCCGAGCCUCGAUUUUUUCAUGUGUAGAACGAGAUGAUGCAAAGGAGUCUCAGCAGAUCCUGACACUCAAAUUGUAAUUGUCGUUAUAAAUUAGGACCAGCGGAGCACUUUCCCUGAACUCCCCUCAGAAUUCCCGGCCACAGAGCUUUCUGCUUGUAAUAAAAGCUAUCAUUCAGCGAGUGCUCGCUGUGCGCCAAAUCGUGUUCUAAGUACUUUCAGUGGAUCAGCUCGUUUGAGGCGCACAGCGAUCCCAUGAAGUAACGUCAACAGGUGGGGAGUCGAGGCUCGGAGGGGAUAAGUAACGUAGCCACUGUGCUACUGCCCUGCCCUGUGAUUGAUAACUGAUCUCUUUCCCAGCUAGACUGUGAGUUUCUUGAAGUCAGAACAUUGUUUUUGGUUCCUAAAUAUGUGCUGGGUAUGGGUCAGACACGAUGAAUCACAUGUGGUCCUCGCCCGCAAGGAGCCCCUACUGGAGGAGGGAAACCCUUAGAAGAUUAUAGUACAGGUGGUAAGAGCUUUUUCUCCAUUUAACACAUUCUAGUCAGCACCUACUAUGUGCUGAGAUUAUGAGAGGGACCAAGACAGUCUUAGUCCCUACUCUGGUGGAACUUAACAGUCUAUCAAGGAAUGUACUGGACAUUAAACAAGCAAAUACACUACACUGCAAAGACUCUUGGAAGUGCAACGCCCAGAAAACCUGUCUUAUCUGUCAGUGCAAGGAAAAUUAAGGACAAUGCAGCCGAUUGGCAUAAUUUAAUCCUGAAAUGGGAAACCCUCAAUGAUGGAGGUUUUGCCACUGCAAAUAAUAUUGCCAACCUGAAAAUGAGUUUAUUGAGCAAAGACACGAUAGGAUUAGAGAGCAGCAGCCUGGCUUCUGAUGAAAAUGCCGAAAAGGAGCACCCAGAAUACAGCAGGGAGCUCGAGAUGCUGUGCGAGGGCCUGCAGAGCACCCUGGAUGCUCUGACCAAAAUACAGAUGAAAAUGGAAAAGCUGUCUUCCACUACCAAGGGGAUUUGUGAACUAGAAGAUUACCAUUACAGGGAGGAGGGAAAACGGCCCCUCCUGUUCCACACGUGGCCCACAGCCUAUUUUUACGAGGUCUCCCGCAAGCUCUCCGACAUGUACGGCCGGGAGCUCCGCCUGAAGCGCACCGUCGUGGAGCAGCUGGCGCACACGGCCGACCGCGACCUGGCGCUGAGCUUCCUCUCCAUGUGGCUGCACCAGCCCUACCUGGAGGCCGACAGCACGCUGCUUCUGGAAAGCAUGCUGCUUGAAACGGGCCACCGAGCGCUGUGACCUCCCAGUGCGGCUCCGCGCACCUCCGGGCUCUGGACCUCAGCUUCUGCAGCUCCCACGGCGGACGCUCCUUCGGGUGGGCCCCGUGCCGCACCCCAGGAUCACGGCCCCUGCCGCACCCCGGGAUCACGGCCCCUGUCGCACCCCGGGAUCACGCCCUGUGCUCUGGCACAGCCACCCACUGACCUUAGGAUCUUCCAGACCUGAUCAUUUCACCAGCUCUCUGCGGUUAUCACUGCUGCCUGCCGUCCACCACUCAGCGUCAUCUGCACCUAUUAUGAAUGUGUCACUAUGAAGACUUCUGCCCGAAAUAAAUGAGUUCCUCAACAGAAUGACUAAGUGAUCUUGUUUUUGUAAAUUAGGUGUAUUUUACAUAGAUUACAUUUAUGUAGAAAAUCCCUGGUUUAAUAUUUUUGCGUAUUGUUUAAACUGUGGGACUGUAUUAGUUUUGUAAUCACAACUAAUCUUUAAAGUACCGUAGAGUCACUGAGCAAAGACCAGCAUCAUGGAAAUGAAAACUGGCUCCCAAAAAAUUACCCCUAUUUUUGUACUGAGGCUGUGACAGGCCAAGUGAAGUGUCUUCCAUGUCAUUCUCCAGGCAUAAAUCCUAUAGUUUGGCAAUAUUUGCAACCAGAUAUCAGGGGUCAGUCCUGCCAUUGCUCCCCAGAAACAGAAAUCUAAGAAACUUCAUGCUGUGUGAUACAGGAUGCAGCCUCAUGAAACUGAACUUCUAGCAUCCCAGGCAAAGAACAAGUGCUUCCCAAGCAAAGAAAGAAAAUAUUCGCAAAAUAAAAGACUUUAUAUAUGAUGGGAAUGUAUUUUGAGC